CGCCCCCGCCCGCAGGUGGGGGUGUUUCCGCCAUUUUUGAAAAAUUGGAAGGUCCUGGGUUUCACGGUAGUUGCCGCGGUCCAGAUGGCAUCGUUUGCCGUGGAGCCCCAGGCGCCCGCGCUAGGAUCUGAACCAAUGAUGCUGGGUUCACCUACAUCUCCAAAGCCAGGAGUUAAUGCCCAGUUCUUACCUGGAUUUUUAAUGGGGGAUUUGCCCGCUCCAGUGACUCCACAACCUCGAACAAUAAGUGGACCUUCAGUUGGAGUUAUGGAAAUGAGAUCACCUUUACUUGCAGGUGGAUCACCACCACAACCAGUUGUACCAGCUCAUAAAGAUAAAAGUGGAGCUCCACCUGUUAGAAGUAUAUAUGAUGAAAUUUCUAGCCCAGGACUUGGAUCAACACCUUUAAAUUCAAGAAGACAGACAAACAUUUCAGUAAUGCAGAGUCCUCUUGUUGGAGUUACAACUACUCCUGGAACAGGGCAAAGUGUGUUUAGCCCAGCAAAUAUUGGUCAGCCACGAAAGACGACACUAUCUCCUGCCCAGUUGGAUCCUUUUUAUACACAAGGAGAUUCUCUGACUUCAGAAGAUCACCUUGAUGACACUUGGGUGACUGUGUUUGGGUUUCCACAAGCAUCUGCAUCUUAUAUAUUGCUACAAUUUGCACAAUAUGGAAAUAUCUUAAAACAUGUGAUGUCCAACACAGGAAACUGGAUGCAUAUUCGUUACCAGUCUAAACUGCAGGCCCGGAAAGCUUUAAGCAAAGAUGGGAGGAUAUUUGGAGAGUCCAUCAUGAUUGGUGUAAAACCAUGCAUCGAUAAAACUGUCAUGGAAAACAGCGAAAGAUGUUCUUUGUCAUCACCAUCUCUGGCAUUUACACCACCAAUUAAGACCUUAGGUACACCAGCACAACCCGGAAGUACUCCUAGGAUUUCUACCAUGAGACCUCUUGCUACAGCAUACAAAGCUUCUACUAGUGAUUAUCAGGUUAUUUCUGACAGACAAACGCCAAAAAAAGAUGAAAGUCUUGUCUCGAAAGCAAUGGAGUACAUGUUUGGCUGGUAGAUAAUAAGAGCUAAGAGCUCCGCUAUGAAGGAGGAGGUCCUUGCACUAAAACCAGAGUUAGCAAAGUACCGCCAGUUUCCUUUGGUUAGUUGUAUAACCAUACUUGGCAGUGGUGGGUAGCUAUCUCAGAUGCUUAUUUCUAAAGAUUUUUGUUUUUUAAGAAUACAUCCUAUUUAUAGCUCGCGCUUUAAAAGAUGCUUGAGAUACAUUUUGAAGAAAACCUAAAAAUCAUUCUAGAUAGGAUUUUGUGCUUCAUGUGAUAGUGCAUGCACAAGAAACUCAGCACUGAUUAUUGUAAACUAAGUAAUUGAAUUUGGAGAAUUAUCUCCUAGUUUUCAUGAGAAGGUGAAUUUCAUGAAAGCUGCUUGUAUUUACCAAGACACAGGAUUAUAACUAGCAAUGUGAAUGAUGGUCUUUUAAUUGAGAUAGUAUUUAAUAUUCUAAUUACCUUUGUAUAUGUCCUGUUGUGGCUUAUCAUCUUUUACUACUAUAAAACCCAACCAUUCUUUUUUAAAAACCUACUACUAAAAUUUCUUGAUAAUAAACUUUGUCAAUUAUGUACUGAA